UUGCCUUCCAUCAGCCUUGAUAUCUGGGCGGGUCUCAGUUCUGCCACUUUCCUUUCGGCCUUAUUGCACGGUCUUGAUAUACUCUACUUUAAUACUGCACGCUGGCGUUCUGUGACCAAAACAUUAGUAUGCAAUCAAGGCAUUGAUUCGGCGACUGAAUUGGAAGCGUUCCGACGCAUGCUGCCGAAGAAUGAUUGAAGGUCAAGACAUGGCACCACAUAAGAACAGGAGGUCGGUCGAAGAUCGCGAUUCGAUUCCAGAGCGUACGCUUUUCGGUGCCAAGAAGAGUCGGGAUGGAGACAGCGAUGGCGCUGGCGGUGGAAAAGGCGGAAAUGAAAAGGGAGAUGGAGGAAAAGGCAAUGGUGGCGGUGGAGGUAGCAACAAGAGUGAUGGCGGCGACACCAAAGGCAACAACAAAAGCCAAGACAGCGACGGCGGCGGUGGCGGCGGCGGCGGUGGCGAUGGCGGCAGAAAUAAUAACAACGGGAGUAAUGACAACAACAAUAACGACAACAACAGUAAUAGCGACAGGGACGAAGGACAGACCAGCACGACCACUACCUACGUGAUCGCCACUACUGCGCCAGAAUUCCCUCCGUUGGCAAUACCUCCAGCGCCGACCACUCCAUCGCUUGUGCUUACGACUUCGUCGACUUCGACCUCGACGACCCAAGUCAUUACUGUCAUUGAGUCCACAAGUGUUGUGACAUCGAUACAAAUGGCAACAAUGACCACGAUUAUCCCAGUAAUGCAAACGAUACUGCCAUCUGUCACAAUAUCUAGUCAGCCCCGGAAAGGCGUGAAUGAUGGGCCAGGUGCGGACUUCACUCUACCUCUUCCUGUACUUGGAUCUUCGUCAACCAUUGGGACCAUUGCCGCCACAGAGGCGACAGCAACAGUCACUGCUACAGCAGUGGCUGAUACUGACAACAAUAACAACAAUAACAACAACAAUGGUUCCAGCAAUGGUGGCGGCCACAGGGGUAAAAAAGACCAAGACAACACACCGCCCCCUGGUGCGCUAGACCCGGCUGCAGAACAUGCACUCAUAGCAGUCGGCUCCAUAGGUAAGGGCAGCUGUGAAUUUUGGGUUUCUCUACUAACAUCGGACAGGUGCAUUUGUUCUUAUCUGCUUCGUUGCUUGGAUCAUCUAUCGUACCGUGAAAAAAUCGAGACGAGGACAGGAAUUUAGUGGUGGAAAUGGCGGUUUCAUCAACAAACUCCCAUGGCGUAGGAAUCAGAGUAACGGUGAAUGGGACAGCAGAAGCAUGUACAGGACCAAUGACAUGCCACCACCAUUGUAUGAGAAAGGCAGCCAUAAUUCGAUGGACGGCGCAGGGUUUUAUGGUGCCGACAAGAAGAUGUACCAACAUGAGCGACCAGGGAGCUUGGCUCGUUCAAAUACUGCAAGUUCUCAAAGAAGUCUCCUACCACAGAUGGCUCCUGGACCCAUGGUCAUGAUCCCAGCAGAGCA